AUGCAUGACCUGCACAUUUUACAGAUGACGGAUAAAGCAUUUCAAGUUUGGGCGAACCACAAAAAUUUGAAAUUCAAAUAUAGCUCAAGGAACCCAGACAUAUUAAUAUCAUUUCAUACCCGAAAGCAUGAGUUCGCUUCACCACCAUAUCCGCAAUGUGCAUUCGAGUUUGAUGGAUUGGGCAAUGUAUUAGCCCAUGCAUACUUUCCCUCCAGAGAUCAGAAUGUUGUUGAAAUGCAUAUAGAUUGGGAAGAACGCUGGCAUGUAGCAGAUGCAAAUGCACCUCCCCCCGGUUAUUCUAGUUAUUUCCAAGUUGUCUUACACGAAAUAGGUCAUACUCUCGGAUUACACCAUUCGAGCGAUGAAAAUGCACUCAUGUUUCCUUAUUACAAUUCAAAUAUGAUCACGCUACAUGAGGAUGAUAUAGCUGGAAUCCGAGCACUAUAUCCUAGUGAUACUGCUGGUACCCCUUCACCAGAGAAUAAAACUUAUCAUCUUUCAACGCGUAUUAAGACAACUACACCUACUCCCAAGACUACUACUCGCAAGACCAUUAAACCACCUGACCUGUGUACCAUUCAAAUCGAACACUUUUUGAUUCUAAACAAACGACUUUAUAUGUUUUAUGAACAUUGGGUUUGGAUAUCGGCGUUAAACAGCAGCAAAGUGGAACCUGCCAAGAAUCUGCUUGAGUGGUUAACGUUUCUUCCGGCAUCUUUUAAACGUUUGGAAGCGGUAUAUCAAAAGCCUAACGGUGAUGUUGUCUUCUUUAGUGGCGGUCGCAUAUAUAUAGUGCAAUUCCCUAGUCUGCAACUGCUGCCAGGAUGGCCUCAACCUUAUAGCCACUUCACAAUUCCCAACAGCCAUAAAGUGAAUGCUGCAGUUAACACCUAUACCGGACGCACGCUUAUUUAUCAUGGUGCAAAUGAACUGCUAGAUUUGGAUGAUUGUAGUCAUCGGCCUAAAAAUCGCUUAAUAUAUGCGGAAACCUUUCCGGAUAUUCCGGCUAAGAUAACUUCUAUAUUCAAAUACAUGGAUGGAUACCUAUACUUUAUCACCGGAAAUAAAUUUCAUAAAUAUAGUGAAUAUACAGGUCGUGUAAUUCAAUCAGGUGACAUUGAUCUAUCCUUAUUCAAUAUUCAUUGUGCUAAUAAAGGCGUAUUGGAGCAAUUAUAUAAUGUAUUAGCUAAACUUUUAAAGUUUGAUAAACAUAUUGAAUUGUAUAUGCGGCAUUAG